AUGAGUCUCCUCUCCCACACAGGCCUCUUGGGCGAGAGCCUGAAGGGCAAAUGGCUCCAGACGGGCAUCUGCGUCACCGCGUCUUCUGGGUUUCUGUUGUUGGGAUAUGACCGUAAAGCACCUCCCUGCUAUCACUCACCACUCACCGCCCACACAUGCUGACAAUAGAUGGGAAAUCAAAACAGAAGGCGUAAUGUCCGGCAUCAUCACCGAGCCCAUCUUCCUGCAGACCUUCCCGCAGAUGAACCAAAACAACAAAUCCGGAGCGAUCCAAUCCCUCGUCGUGGCCAUCUAUGAAAUCGGAUGCCUGUUCGGGGCCGUGGGGAUCAUCUGGUUCGGGGACAAAAUCGGAAGGCGGAGGAGUAUCUUAUUAGGAGGUUCGAUUAUGAUUGUCGGGGCGAUCAUCCAGACGAGCAGUUUUGGGCUGGCGCAGUUGAUCGUGGGGAGGAUUGUUACCGGGGUUGGCAAUGGGAUGAAUACGAGUACGAUUCCGGUCUAUCAGAGUGGUGAGUUUUCCCUUCUCGAAAAAUGUGGGAGUGGGUGCAAGGGGGAAUGAGGGAGGAGAGUGGGCUGAUGAAACGGGUGUGAUAUGGUAGAAAUUGCACCGCCGAAGAUCCGCGGGUUCCUCGUUCUGUUCGAGGGAGCGUUGAUUACGCUGGGGAUUGUCAUCUCCUACUGGCUGAAUUAUGGGUUCUGGUUCGUGACGGAGUAUGGGUCUCUGCAGUGGCGGUAAGAUCACCUUCCCCCCAAGCCCUCCAUCCCAAUUUGUUUACCCUGCACUAAACAAACAAACCAAAACCUCAGUUUCCCCAUCGGUUUCCAGAUCUUCUUCGCCGUCCUCCUCCUGCUCGGCAUCGCCCUCUUCCCCGAAUCGCCCCGCUGGCUCCUCAAACACGGCCACGACGCCGCCGCCGCCGAGAUCAUGGGCCGUCUCGAAGACUGUCCCGCGGAUUCCGAACAGGUGCAGAACGAUAUCGCGGAAAUCAAAGAGAUCAAUCGCGAAGACGAGGGGAGACAGCUCACCUGGAGGGAAUUCUGUAGUAAUGGGAAAGCCAUGAAUGGCUGGAGAGCUUCGGCGGGGAUUCUCAGUCAGGCGUUUCAACAGAUUGGUAUAUAUAUAUCUCCCUCCCUUCUCCCCCUCUCUUCAUUCUUCUACAUAUACUGAUUGGAGAUCUUCUUUCUCUCUAGGCGGCAUCAACCUCGUCACCUACUACGCCACGACCGUCUUCGAGACCUCCCUCGGCUUCGACGGCACGCUCUCGCGCUUCAUGACCGGCUGGCUCGGCACGGAAUACUUCCUCGCCGCCGUCGCGGCGCUCUUCGUCGUCGACAAGCUCGGCCGGCGCUUCCUCAUGAUCUUCGGCGCUUUCGGCAUGGCCGCCUCCCUCUGCAUCAUCGGCGCCUGUCUCUCCUACGCCACCAAGCAGAAUAAAGCCCCCGCGUACGCCGCUACGGUUUUUAUCUUUGUCUAUGAUACGUUCUUUGCGCUCGGGUGGUUGGGGGUUACUUGGGUGGGUUUUUUUCCUUUUUUUUUUUCUUUCUUUCUAUUGCUUCCCUUUUACUUUUCCGAACCAUGGGAUGUGUGUGAGAGCUGUCUUGCUGAUCUGGCUUCUGAAAUGAUUUACAGUUAUACCCCGCCGAAGUCACACCGAUCCGCAUCCGCGCACAGGCAGCCGGCCUCUCGACCGUGUCGAAUUGGUUCUUCAACUACGCCGUGGUGCAGCUAGCGCCCAUCAUGAUCAACAAGAUCGCAUGGAAGACGUAUUUCGUCUUCUUCUGCUUCAAUAUCGCUUUUAUCCCCGUCAUCUACUUUGUGAGUUCUUUCUUUUCCCAUCCAUUCAUUCAUUCCCUCACGUUGCCUUUUUUUCCUUCUUUCGCUGACCGACCGCUUUUUCUUUUGUUUGUUGUUUUGCAGUUCUUCCCCGAAACAAACGGCCACAAACUCGAAACUCUCGACGCCAUCUUCGCCACCGCGCACGCCAAGGGGGAAAACCCCGUGUGGACGGAACGGCGGUACAGGAAGGGCAAGGAGGAUUUGGACCCGGAAGAGACGGCGGAGGCGAAUAAGGGCGAGAAGGCCGGUGGUGGUGGUGGGGGCGGGGGUGGGGAUCAUUCGCCCGGAGAGGAGAUUGAGGAGAAGGAAUUCGUGGGGUCUUAA